UGCCUUUAUUUCCCUCUGUAACAUCUCUGAGGGAGCUUAGCACACAGCCUAAAUGUCAGUUUUACUUCAACACAUCCUCACGCUGCCCUCAGCGUUUGUCCACUCUUUUUACGUUUGACUCUUUUUUUUCCUUUUUUUUUGUAAAAAAGAAUAUUUUCUUAAGAGAAUAAAUGUCGGUGAUUUUGAAACUGCAAAGGGGAUUACAGAGACAAUUACAGACCGCCAUCCCGGAUGCUGCUGCUGAGUGCCAUGAUGAAGUUGAUGUUGGAGGACUGAUAGCUUUCUGAGGAGCUUCUUAUCCAGACACUAAAAAGCUUCCUCAGUUAUUUUUCACAGAAAAAUCCGUCGUUUUUUUUUAAUUCGCCUACGCGGACCCAUUGCUGUCUGCCAUCAACCUUCGAGUAGCCUUUCUACUCCAGCUGAUAUUAAACCACUGAAUUGUGGCUAUCGCCGUUUACAAACGUGUUGUUUUUCUCACUAAUGCCGCGACGUCUGUCAGUUAUUAUGUUUCUUUUCACAAGGCAAACAAAGCGACUGGUCGGUCAGCAGUACAUUUCACUGAGUGGCAUCUAAUCGAAAAUACACUGACAGAGGCGUGGGACAACGAGAAACUUCCGAAAGUACAAUUAAAGGUAAACGUAGUCAUCAGGACUAAUGGCUGCCAUCGAGACUGUUCCCAGUUACAGGCCUUCGAUAUGGGUGCAGAUGUGCCACGCGCUCCCUCGCUUCGAUCUGACCAUGCAGAUGCGAAACAACGUAUUCACACCAGACAGCUGGGAAUACCAACAGACUCUCCUGGUUCUCUCCAGUCUUUCAGCCAUUGCACUCAUCCUCUCGCUUCUUGUUGUCCUAUCCUUCCUGAUUCACUACUGCUGCUGUCACCGCGGUGAUGCAGGCAGGGACGAGGAAGAGGAAGAUGACGAUGCCAGUGGUGGCCAUGGAUAUGGUGGCAAGAAGGGGAGGCGCAUCUGCUGUGUCACAUGGGUGUCUGUGGCAGCUGUGACUCUGUGCUGCGUUGCUAUAGGCUUUGGUUUCUACGGUAACAGUGAGGCGAAAGACGGCAUGUAUCAGUUGACCUCGUCUCUGCUCACUGCCAAUCACACACUGGCUUCCAUCGAUAUGCUGGUUUCAGACACUGUAACAUCUCUGCGGCAGUCCAUCUCUGGUCCCUUGACGUCGCUGGAGGAUGUGUUUGGAGGGAAUAAACCAGCUCUGGUGUCCACUCGCUCCUGCAGACGUCUGUCUGAGCACGUGAUGUCCCUUCUCUCCUCCCUCACACUAGGAAAGGGGCUGAGCUCUGUCACUACUAAUGGAAGUGAUGGCAUGGUGGGGGUUGUAACCCCUAUUCUCCCCUCUAUACCCCAGGCUGUGACCUCAAGUUCAAACAGUGCCCCUGAACCCUUCUCCCCAGGGUGGGCAGCUAGCACACUCAUGGUGAAUGAGGACUACAGGUGGCUCUCCUAUGUGCUGCUUCUCCUUUUGGAUCUGGUGGUGUGUCUUUUUAUUCUGCUAGGCUUGGCUAAACAGGCCCGAUGGCUCCUCAUUUUGAUGACAGUACUGGCCUGGUUGGCUCUGUUUUUGAGUUGGGGUUCUCUUGGCCUGGAAACAGCCACAGUGGUGGCACUCAGUGAUUUUUGCUUUGACCCAAACACAUUUGUUCUCAACUCUACACACUUUAAUGCUGGGACAAGUACAGAAAUCCUGGAUUACUACUUGACCUGCAGCAGAAAAAUGACCAGCCCCUUCCAGCAGCUGCUGACCCAGUCCCAGAGAGCUUUGUCUAGCAUUCACUCUCACCUCUCCAGUUUAGAGAGAGAUGCUCUCCCACGUUUCUCCAAAGCAGACAAGCCGCUGAGGGAGGUGCAGCAGAUGCUCAACUCUACCGAGGGAAAUUUCCACCAGCUGGUGGCGCUGCUCAACUGCCGAAGCCUCAACAAGGACUAUAUUGACUCUCUUAAAGGCCUGUGCUAUGAUGGGAUGGAGGGAUUGCUCUAUCUCUCACUGUACUCAUUCCUCUCUGCUCUGGCAUUCACAGCCAUCCUCUGCUCCCUUCCUGGAGCCUGGAGGAGCUUUUCCAGAGACUCAGAGGAGUAUGACGACUCGGACAGCGAGAGCGAGGACCCCUUCACUUCCCAUCAGGCACGUAGACAGACGGCCAGGGGGUCCCAGCGUGGGGCCUUGCCCCCCUUCUAUAGUUACCAGGGGGCUGGCUGGACAUCCCCCUUUUCUAGCGCACCUCCGUUGCCGACUCCAAACACUUCCUCCAAUGGCAACCCUGGCUAUGAGAGCCUGCCUCUGAGUGACAGGCAGUCCCCACCCCCCUCUUACAGUACUCUCCCAGCAUGUUGACAGGCUAUACGGGUAGUCAAUCACACCCCAACCCUGCCAUUUCAAGGAAUCUGUACUUGCGCUAAUGUGUAUGUAUAGUAUUGAAAAAAAUUAUAUAUAUAUAUUUAGCAAAUAUUUAGUUUUAAUAUGAAUGGACACUUUACUGAGAGACUAAUUUAAAAGACAGUAGAAUGCUAGACGUGUAAAUCUGCUGUGGAACGUCAGGACCACUGGGAUUUAAGAAGAAAGAACAGAACGAAAGUUAAAAUAUUUGAGUUGUGUAAGACACAAUUUCCCCCUUCAACUGGUUCAGUGUCGUGUUUACUGGAGACAGAAAACAGGAUGGUACUGACGUUACCAGAUUGAUGUUACUUUAUUACUCUAUUUUUAAAUGUAUUACUACUUUGUUUGGGAGUUUUUAUAUUGUAUGCUAAGUCACAAACACAUGAGAAUAAUGGCACAAUUUUUCUGUAUGACAGCUUAAUGGGCACUGGAUUUAUUUUUUUUCUGUUUUCUAAAUAUUUGACUGUACCUUUUUUUUUUUUUUUAAAUAGAUGGCAGUUGUGCAUUACCUUGUAUACCCUUUGAUACUAUAUAAUAUACAAUAUUACUAUAUGAUGAAAAUAUACUGUAUGUUCACUGUAAAUUAUGUUUGAGUGUUAAUGCACUUUCAUGUUUAAAAUAAGAACAAUAUGAAAAUGACGACAACAAUAAAGAGAGAGCUGCGUUUCUCUAGCCUCUCAGCUGGCUACGUACGGAAAUAAAUUUCCAGACAGCGUUUCAGCAAAACAAACUGCCAUUUGCUUGCAGUGUAGUAGCCAUAAUGUACACAGCAAUAAUACUGUUUUCUUAGCUGAUGAAGCACACAUCUGCAAAUUAGGGUUAAUGUACUGAAAACAACGUAUCUGUAGUAAUAACUUUACAGCGAUUCAGAAUGAAAAUGAUUUGGGGAAAAAAAAAGCACUUCUUAGGAACAUCAUUACUUUGUUUCCUAAUAACCUAAUAGAAAAUCUAAUUUAUAAAUAUGUAAGUUAUUAAUAAUAAUAGUUUAUAUUAUAAUUAUUUUGUCCCUGUAAUAUAAAUAAUAAUUUAUUUGCCAUAUAAUCAAAGCUAAUAUUACUGUAAAAUAUUCAGUAAUCCAAUGCACAAAAUUGUACAAAUGUGCCUAUUUUUACAUUUACGUUUCUACAAUUAAUUACUUCUUUUUUUUUGUUUUAAGUAACUAUGCAGCUCGAUAAAUCAAAAACUUAAUGAUCUGCAUUUUUUUUUUUUUUGGCCUGAUAAUAUCAGUCCCAACUAGACAAGUUAACUUUCACGUAGAUUUUUUGUAACAUCAGAAGUUAUUGUGAAACUUUUUGUUCACAUAGAUUUGUGAUAAAUGUGCCGACUAAUUUAAGUGUAUCCACCCUAAUUUGCAGGAUUGUUCUCUCACUUGAAACAAGUAAGAAACAAACACUGUAUGUUAUGUUUGUGUGUGGGUGAUUCAGGGUCCUCUUUCAGAUGUUCUGUGUGUAUGUAUACACAUUUAAAUAUACUCAAUUUGCCAUUGCAUUAAUCCUGGCCUUUCCUAUCCUGCUCUUAUUAAUCCAAAAUCCCUGUGUUUCUAUGGUUUUAAUGCUCCUUUGAAUGGCCUACUUUUUCACUACUGAAACUAAAUAUAAAAUAAAACAAAACUAACAAAGAUGGAAUAA